UUCAUGGCCAUCCUAACGACCUACUGCUUCACCCCAUCGUCGGCCUUCAGCUAUGAGGAAUCAGACGACAAGGGCUCGACGACCAGGAACGAAACCAACGAUAUCCCACCAGUGUACCAAGCAGAAGGCAUCUUCAGCUACGCCGAUGAACCACCCACAUCCCAGUCUUUCGUCCUCAACGGCAAGCUCUUCUGCUAUAAAUGCGGCGCCUAUCAGAAUACGGAUGGAGAUGAUUUUGACAGCACCCUGGAUGAUUGCAUGUUCAGGGCAGCGGAGACGGCUUUCUCUGAAGAAUGUCCCAACAGGAUAAUGAAUAUGACGUCUUACGGUCCAGCGUGUUACGUAAACAAGAUGAUGGCGGCAGGGCACAUCACCAGCUUUUCAAGAGGAUGUAUGGUCCACUACGACUGCCAAAAUAUGGACUACUGUGAAUCGACGGUCAACAGGACCGGUGCUUGCCAAUCAUGCUGCAGAGAGGACUACUGUAACAGAGCUGCAGGUGAGUGCCUGCCAAGGGUCGAAGUCUUCAAGCUCCUUGCCCUCACGCUCUUCUCCUACCUGUUAUUUGUCAGAUAGCGGAUCAGUCAUGAGGGCGCCAGACUCACAGAGAACUACAGACUCACUUCAUGAGAAGAUGGACACCCCUUUUGGGAUCUGUUGGUAUAUACAUUUUGGAAGUUUUAAUUUGGAUCCAAUGUGCGUGUGGAAUUUCGAAAUCAUUGUCUGAUCGAAAGGCGGCUUCACUGAAGAAUGAUUUGGUUUCAAUGGUUGGUGUCAUCGGAGGAAUUCCUGAUUAUUACGGUUGUGUUUAGUUGGGUUUACCUUGUUGAAACACAGAUCAGGACCCCGAUGUCAUUAUUUAUCUUUUUGUGUCAAUGAACGGCACAAAGCAGCAUAAACAUUAUGACUGGCUAUCUAAUUACCAUGGUUACUAUGAACGUAUAUCAAACUCAAAAUGUCUUAUUAUAGCACCAUAUGUUUAUCAUAAACAUUUCAUACCUAAUGAUUCUUUUUCUGAUGCCAAUUACGCCUAUCUUUGUAAAACUGGAAUCCAUUGUGGACGUUGCAUUGUUAAUAACGUCACAAUUUCUGUCUGUAUAGAUUUGUUCACUUUGACCGUAUAUUGUUGAAGCAACAAGAAAUCGUUUAGAGGAUGAUCAAUGUUUUGAAUCAGAAUAUGCAUUUAUGAUACGGAAAAACUGGAAUUAGUCCGAUCUCCCUGCUGUCACCGACUCUACCCAACAUGCCCAAGACAAAACGAAAGCAACCUCAGCAACACGUAUGGUACCAUCUUCUAC